GUAACCUUGAGUUUCAUGUUUGUCCAUCAAACGCUCAGAAUGUACUCUACGUCAGUACUAUGCUUUAUUCCCUAGUUUCAGUAAUUGAAUUCCCUUGACUUAGCAGUCAAGCAUCAACAAAUCUGUCAAACGUAUGUAUCGUAAAAAUGAAGUCAGAAAAUGGGUCCAAAAUCCCGUUCAAUUCUGAUACUCUUGUAUCAAUGCUUUCUCACAAUUUAGCAGUAAAUUUAAAACCUCAUCAAGUUUUGGAGCUCAUCAAAAAGCUGUCCGUUAAUUUAACUCGUCAGCAGAAAACAAAUUUACUCGAACAUCUCCUAGGUUUAACUCCUAUUGGACAUUUUGAAAGCUUACGCUUAGCAACGCAUCUCCAUUCAUCUUGUCAACGUAUGCCCGAUUGUUGUGACUUUGUUACUUGGUUACCAGCGGAAUUAACUUUACGAAUUUUCUCGUAUCUAUCAUGGAAAUCAUUGACAGUCUGUUCAGAAGUGAAUAAAAGUUGGCUGAAAUACGCUCGACAUCCUGAUUUAUAUAAACACUUUUGUAUGCUACCAAAAUGGUCCUCACCUAUUCUAAGAAAACCGCAAUUAUUCAAUAGUAUAACAAAAUCCAAUGAAUAUAAUCAUUGUGUACCAGAGGAAAAUCAACAAAAUUCAAAUAAUCUUAUUAGCAAUCAUUUAGAAAUUAAUUGGUUAAAUGUAUUCAAGAAACGUGUGUGUCUAAGACGUAAUUUCCGUUUGGGUAAACAUCGAAUACGUAAAUUUAAUGGCCACAGUGGAGCUGUUUAUUGUAUUGAUUGCGAUGCUUAUCGUAUUGUUAGUGGAUCAGCUGACGCAACAAUACGCGUAUGGAAUAUUCGUACAAAUGCAAAAUGGUCUGUCCAAACACUUCGUGGACAUUCAGAUGCUGUUCGUUGUGUACAGUUACUAUCCCUACCUCAUUAUCAAUUAAAUAAUAAUAAUAAUAAUAUCGAUGGCUAUUGUUCCACUUCUCCUGUACAUUGUAUUCACGAGUCAAUUGCAUCAAUACCAUGUUCUUUAUGCAAAUUAGAUACAACUGUUACAUAUCCUAAUUGUUGGGAACCACCAGAAGUACUACUAAUAUCUGGUAGUGCAGAUACCACUUUAAAAUUAUGGCGUCUUUCUGCAACAUCUAACUGGUCACGUAUUGCAUGUACAUGUACAUUGCAAGGUCAUACUGACACUGUGAGAUGUGUACAGGCUGAUCAUGAAAAAGUUAUCAGCGGUUCAUAUGAUUGUACAAUACGGUUAUGGAGUAUAAUUAGUGGUCAAAUGAAAAGGAUUUUCCGUGGCCACUCAGCUGGUAUAACGUGUUUAGUGUACAGUGAUAAUUUUUUAUAUUCUGGAUCUUUAGAUAAUACAGUUCGAAUAUGGAAUAUCUCAACUGGUGUAUGUUAUCAUACACUUAUUCGACCAAUUUAUAGAAAUAAUUUGACAGAAACACCUAUAUUUUCUUCAUCAGUUUCAUGUUUACACUUGGAUUAUUCACAGAAUAGACUUGUUGUAGCUUAUCAUGAUGGUACAGUAUUAGCAAAACAUUUAUCAGCAUUUAAUCCAUUGAUAAAUGGUCAUAACCAUGACUUAAGCGUUACAAAUACUACUGGCAUUACUGCUAAUAACAACAACAAUAGUUUAACGUGGGCAUUUUAUCCCAGUACGAUAUAUUUAGAUGAAUACUUAUAUAAAACUGAUUAUAAAUCGGGCAGUUUAAUACGAUGUUUAACUGGGGAUGCAUGGCAUAUCAUAUGUGGUUCGGAUGAUAAAUCUAUUAAGACCACAAUAUCCUGAAAAUUCAUAUUUAUAUGUGUAGAAUGAUCGAUUGUUCGGGCACUAAUUUUCAACUUCUGAAUGUCAUCAGGUUAAAACUCUUCUUCACUUACUUUCGUACUUUAAAGCGAUUUCUAGCCAACUUAUUUAUCGAAUAGGACCUAUAUACUUGGAUUUUGUGUGAAAAGUAAUGGUAUUAAAGUUAUUUUGCUUUCCUUGUCUCAUUUAACUGGAUCUUAAAUUAAGAAUUAUUUAUUAAUUUGAUUUACUACGAAUAUAAUCAAACCUGACUUUAUACAGCGAAUUACCAUAAGUUUUUCAUCUCCAUGAUAACUUGUAUUUCUGUUAUGCUUCUGCUAAUUAACUUUCUAUUUAUUCUGUUGUUACACCGCUUGUCCUUGCAUUCAUUGUAACAUUGGAUAUUGGUAAUUGAAUUCAUCCAAUUUAUAUGUACUUCUUUUACGAAUCUAUUAUAUCACUUUUUUCUAAAUCACUUCCCACCUAGAUUUCUUAUACAUUUUCUAGACUGUUCUUCUAAUUACGUAUAUACAUCUAAAUUCAUAUAUAAUCUUUGUUAUUUCAAGUAGUCGUAGAUACUCGCUUUUGUUUCUCAAUAUCAUUCUGUCUUUCAAUAUACGUUUUGUUAUAGUAUGUGCUAUUUAUACGGAUAGAUAAAAUUAUUGUGUAUCACGAAUUGAAAAUAGGAUUCUUACUGACAGAAUAGGGAAAUGGGAAGAAGUGAAAGAAAAAUAAAACUAGUUUGAUUAACAACAGAAAUAGACGGACAUUGAAGUUUGUAAGAUACAAUUCAAGGAAGAUAUCUAAAUUGUGUAUUCAUAAUGUAUUGUCUUCAUAUUUUAUAAAUGCAUUGUAUGAUUUUUUCUUGAUACUAUUGAUUAGUUCACCCUAUCCAAAUCUUCGUUCACUAUAUUGGUAAUACAAUGAAAACUUUUUAUGGCUGUUCAAACAUUUUUCCUCAUUUUACUCAUACUUUUGUUGUUAUAUUCUUUUUUUUCUUUACCAUAAAUUAGGUUUGGCAAGUAGGUGAUAAUAAAUUUGUCAAUAGUUUACAAGAACAUGAAGAUGGUGUAACAUGUGCUGUGAUAUCAGGUUCUGUGAUUAUUUCUGGUUCUUAUGAUAAAACUGUCAUACUUUAUGAUUUCGAUGUGAUUUAAGUAGUAUAUACUAAUAUUAUUAUUAAGGUUGACAAUUUGACAUGUUAUCAUAUCAUAUGGUCAUUGGUUACGUUUUUUGACCUAUUUAAUCUUUUCUUAUUUUAAUAGGUUUUUCUCCUGAACAACCCUUUUGUCCUUUUUUUAAACUUAUUCUUUGUUUCAGAAGUCACUAUAUACUGGAUACCGUGGUUGAUAGUAGUAUUUUGUUUGAUUUUUUUUACCUUGUGUCACUGUAUUUUCUCCCUACAUAUUAUGAAUUCUAGCGAUUCCCAUCCUUUCAAACUAUGUUGCUUUAAUCUUCUACGUAUUUUCUUCUCGGAAAUUUUGUUCCUGACGUUUGAACUUCAAAAAAAUAUCCCAUCAUUGUUAUUAGCAUUCUUGAUAGUCUGUCACAAAAUAAACAAAUUAUCAUUUUCUUAUGUAGGACAUACUCCGAAAUUCGUUUUGUUUUGAGUUUCAAAUGGGGAAGCAUUUUUUAAAAAUUAUCUACUAAUUUCACUUCAUUGUUGAUUUUAUUACUUUUUUUUAAGUCUUUGUUUGAUAAAAUCUCUUCAUGUCGUGUCUUG